GGAAGUUUGGUGGUUUUUUUGCGUCAUCAUUUUAUGCUGCUUCUUGUGUGCCGUUGCAGGGUGAAGGGUGAAAGACUAACAGUUUGUCCCAAGACUCCAGCUUUACAAUGCGAUACACCUCACUCAGGUGGCAAAGUCUCCAGAGGCAGCAGCAGCAGCAGUGCAGUAGAAUCCCUGAAAUGCACAGCUCCUCCACAAAGUCACUGUCACACUAACAAGGGUUGGUGAGCACAUCCAGCGCAGGCAGCCGGCAAUCAAAGCUGACAGAGGAGCACCGGAGGCCGCUCUGAAUGUGAGGGGGAAACUGAAGACAGGAAGAGAUGCGGAGAGUUCGAAGAAAAGGGGUGAACAAAGAGAAGGUGUUUGGAUGUGAUCUGCUGGAGCAUCUCACCACCUCCAAUCAGGAGAUUCCUCUGGUGUUACGAUCCUGCAGUGAGUUUGUGGAGCAACAUGGAAUCGUGGAUGGAAUCUAUCGGCUGUCCGGAGUGUCUUCCAACAUCCAGAAACUAAGGGGUGAGUUCGAGAGUGACGGGAGUCCAGAUCUGAACAAAGAUGUGUACCUGCAGGAUAUCCACUGCGUCAGCUCUUUGUGCAAAGCUUAUUUCAGAGAGCUGCCCAACCCUCUGCUCACAUACCAGCUGUAUGACAAGUUUGCUGAGGCAGUGGCCAUCCAGCUGGAGGAGGAGAGGCUGGUAAAAAUCAAGGAUGUGCUGAAGGAACUGCCAGAUCCUCAUUACAGGACUCUGGAGUUUCUGAUGCGUCAUCUUGUCAGGAUGGCUUCAUAUUCCUCAGAGACCAACAUGCAUGCUCGCAACCUGGCUAUCGUCUGGGCCCCCAACUUGCUCAGGUCCAAGGACAUCGAGGCCUCUGGGUUCAACGGUACAGCAGCUUUCAUGGAAGUCCGGGUCCAGUCCAUCGUGGUGGAGUUCAUCCUCACUCACGUCCCUCAGCUGUUUCCUCUUGAAGGUGCACCAACAGAGAGAAGGAAGUCCCUCCCCUCCCCGUCUGCGCUGCCCAAUCAGGAUCUUGUGUUCUUUAGGUCCUCUGGUUCUCAGCCUAACUUUGGGAACAUCAGUCCAGGAGAUGGCCCCCUCGCGAUAAGACCCUAUCACGCAAUCAUUGAAGGCACAGACAAGAGGAAAGGAUCUCUUAAAGGCAGGAAGUGGAUGUCCAUUUUUAACAUUGGGGGAAAAUUUCCAGACCCACGACGGAAACACAAGCAUUCUAGCAAGGAAAAACAGAGAACGUCUUUAAGACCUGCCAGAAGCAUGGACUCCCUAAGCACACAGAUCUACCCAAACGAAGGUUCCAGGCGUUCUGGGCCCCGUCCUCCAUCCACCAACUUGUCACCUGUUGUCACCUCCUCCCCUCAGUCUUGCACAGACACCACAGUAUCUGCUGGUGGAUUAGGUAGCAGUGAAUAUGCCGUGACCUACCGCAGAGGAACAGGCUUAGUGAGCGGAGGUGUGAGCGGAGGUGUAGGAACCCAGGGUACCUACACAGCUCUGGACCCAGAUGCCUUAGGGAUACCAGGGAGCGAGGGUGUUCAGUCCAGGUCCCCAGGACUCUCCAACAAAGCUAGAAGAGCUGCCAUGCACAUCACUGGCCCCACCAUAGUCACCGUGCCACUACAUAUCACCUCUAACCUUGCGUUAGGGGUGCUUCAAGGGGGUGGCGGAGACAGGGUCAUCCUCCGUGGAAGAGACAAGGACGGAGGGGACAAGCAGGAUGGGAAGGAGGCGAGGGGGAAGAUUGAGAUUAAGGAACCAAAAGGAAUGGAAUGGAAUGUGGAAGACAUAAAUGUUGGGCAAAAUGACAAGACUCAAAAUGAAACAGAAGAUUUGGACACGGAAGGGAAUAAAGGGGUAGCAGGAGACAUUGGGGAGGAGAAGAAUGACGGAGAAGAAGAGAAAGAAGACAAGGAGCUAAGAAAAGAUUGUGGACACAAGGAGGAGACACAGAUCGGAGGCCAACAUGUGCCCAGGGAGAAACGAACUAAAAGCCUCAACUCUAUCACAGAGGAAGUUAAUCAUGAAAACACUGAAAAUGACGAUCAAGACAGUGAAUACAUGGAAAUGAAAGGACCAGAGCUGACCCAUCACCAGGUAGCAGCAGCCUUCUCAGAGCAGGAAGAUGAUAGUGUUUCUGAUUCUAAUCUGUUUCUAAACUCAACUGAAGUGGAGGAAGAGGAGGAUGACCACAAGCUGUCCGGCUACAUUGAAGACAACUUUGAAUUCCUGGACCAAAUGGAUUGUAGUGUUAUGGACCACAUGGACUGCAGUGUGUCCUAUCAGGUUAAUGAGUUCUCUGUUGAGCCUCCUGGUCACUCUGAUGAUGAGUAUGAAAUCAUGCUUCAUGCUGAAAGACCCACUCAGAGUGUGACCGGGUCAAAUCCACACAGACCACUCAGCCUAGACAUGCACAAUCGACACACUAAAUCCCUCAGCUUGCCCUACAUGACGUCACCCAUAGAUGGACCAAAGGAAAACUCCAGCUCUGAUGAACAAGUUUCAGAAGACGACGGCGAGAGGGACGAUUACAGCAGUGAUGAAGAUGAGAGCAUGUUUGUUAAGAGCCUACCAUCGGACCUUUUUCUAAACACUUUGCCAAGACUUGAAACAGACAGUGAAGGCUAUCCCAGUCCAGACAGGGAUCUAGAUGAGUUACAGAUAUUGGAAGAAAAGAGCUGCAAAGCAUUAGAUGUUGAACUAUCUGUUUGUAAAGAACCAACUAAGCAUGUGCAAGAGAAAUCUGGGAAUGAAGAAGAAAAUCAAAAUGCAAAAAUGGUGGAAGAGGAUGAAGUUCAUCAUGGAGAAGAUGAGCUCAAAAAGGAUGAACAGAGGACACCAACAGAUGAAUCUCCGAGGGGCACAGAAGACAGUCAAGGUGAAAAAUGUCUAAUUUCAGAAGCAUCAACAAGCUCCAGUGAGGAACUUGAGCUGCCAAGCAUUGAAGACAAUCAGGAAACCAACAAUUUGACUGGAACAACGUUUGAGGAUGGAAAUGAGUUUCUAAAGGAGUCUGGAGAUGCUUCUCUUCUUGAAACACAACACCCUGAAAGGUGUCCCAGAGAGGAUGUGACAAAAAGAGACGACACAUGUGAACAAUCUGCUUUGGAAGAACCUGAACCUGACGGUGGAGAAGGACCAAUCGACAGAAAAGACAAUGAGGAGGACAAUGGAAACAGUAGGACAAAAAGUGACAUUUGGAGUGAGCUUCAGGAUGUUGUAUGUGAAGUAAUUGAGGAUGAGGAGAGUGAGCAGUCUGAGAGGAAUGCAGCCGCAGAGGGUGAUGUAGAAGAAGAUGGAGAAGCAGAGGACCAAGAUGUGACAAACAAGACAGAAGCUGGAGUGAAGGAAUAUGAGUUAUUUCAGACUCCAAAUGUGGGGAAACCCAAGGAUGAAGCAAUGGGGGAAGAGAGGAAUGAGCACGAGUUUAACCAAGAAAUUCAGCACCACGACAGAGAAGAAGUGGCUUCCGAAGAAACAGAAAAAGAGAAGGAGGACACAGACAGAGCAAAAAGCAGAACACAACAGAGCGCUGAUAAACAGCCGGUGAUCUCAUCUAAUAUUAGGGACUUAAUAGAAGGAAGGAAGUCUGCGAAUGGUGACAGCAACUCAGGAGGUGUUGGGAGGAAGCUGGUCAUCUCCAAGCAGCCUAAGGUUUACCAGGUCAAAGCUGUGCCGGUUGUACCCCCAAAGCCCCAGCACUGCAAAAUCACCGCCCUGACCCUCCGUCAGCAGCAGCAGCAGAGAGACAGGAAAGACAAAACCCUGAAGGCCCUUGCUGAGCAGGAACGAGACGGAGAGGGGGACAGUGAGGUUGCUGAGAAAAAGGAGAGGCCAUCCAUGCUCAGGGAGAAGAGGAGGGACGGGCUCGAAGGGGCUGCGAGGGACGCGAACAGGAACAGCCCACUCAGCAUGUGCUUUGAUGAGGCCGUAGCCAUUGCAACCCAGAGGCGAGAGAAAGAGCGAGGGCGAGAAGGAGAGGCAGAUCCAGAAGGACUGGGAAAGUGAAGAGCAGUAAGGGCGAUACUUUAGUUUCAGCACCCAGUGAUGCAGCUGCACAUGAGGUUCAGGAGGCUCUGUGCCCUGAUUUAUUUGUAAGAGUGCUGGCAUUGCUAUAGUAAAACUUUGUUGUAAUAUAAUUUUAUGAUUGGUGACAUUUUUGUCAUCAUUGUUAAUAUUUAGUUUUAUUGGUUUACAGGCAUCCUUGUGGUUUUAUUGUCCUUAAAACAAAAACUGCCACCCCCAGGAAGGAUGUGUAAAAAGCCUUGAAACAAUGCCAGUGUGUUUUAGUUGUAUAGCCUAAAAUACUUCAGUCAGUUUAUUGUUUUAGUGAAAGAUAUACCCUUAAUUUUUCACAAAAUCAUUGAAAUUAUUGGCUCCCCUGCUGUUAAUACGUUAAACAGACCUCUUUGCCAGUACAUACCUUGUAACAUUCCAAGGGUUAAAGCACACAGAGAGAGAUUUAGGUCUUUGAAGUUAGGUGAACAAUGUCUGUGAUUUAUUUACAAUCAUUACCCUGUUGAAGGAGACAGUGUUCACUCAUUUUCAGUUUUAUGACAGAUGCUGUUAGAUUUUUUUUAAAUGUCCUGGUAUUUCAAAGAGUUAGUUUAUUCCUGCACUCUAACAAGGUUCCCAAAGCCUAUAGAGGAGAAAUAGUUCCACAGCGUCACAGAUCCUCCACCGAACUUAACAUAAGAUACUUUUCAUUUAUUUAUUUAUCCUGUUUCAUGCCAAAAUCACCUGGAGUGUUUGUUAUUAUAGAACUCAAACAUAAUCUCAUGAGAUCAAAGCUCAAAUAUUCAGUCAAAAUCCUUUUUGAGUUUUUUGCAAACAGCAGUCAUUUCCACUUGCGAUGGUAGGAGAGAAAAGCUUUUUCCAGUUGAUAGAGUCUAAUGGUUGUUGUGGCGACUUGGUGACCCCCAAGAUGCCGCUCUUCGGAGGUUUUUUCCUCUACUUUACCAUCUUCCUCACUGUGCGUCGUAGCAACAUAACUGUUUGUUACGGUCCCAGCUGUUCAAUUAUAGCUCUGACUCUAUGGGGAAGUUGCAGUAAUUAGCUAGUUUCUCAUUUGAAGAUCAACUUCCCUAAUUUGAAAGAUAUGUUAUGUUGUUUUUUUAUGUUGAAGAACAGCUAAGAGAAAUACGCCUCUGUGUCAUACCCCAGAAAUACAAUAAAAUUACAAGUUCUCAGACACUAGGAAAAACUUAGAAACGCAGAAGAUUAAUAAAAAAAUUAUUCAGUUUCAUUUAUGUUAUAGAAAUUGUUAAUGUGAUUUUGUAAAAACAAUUAUUUCUAACCUGAGAGUUGUUCCCCACUGAAUAAAUGUACUCGAAUAAUUUUAAAUUUUUUCUUUAUUUUCUAUUGUGAGAUUAUGGCACUGCAAUUAAAGAUGAACAUAAUUUAAGGCUUUUUACACAUCUCUACCUGUUUUGUUUUUCUCUUGGAUUUUUAAUGUGCAUCUUUUAGACACAAAUUAAAUAAGAGGCAUUAGGUUUUGGUGGCCAUGGGAUGAUCUGGCCAGAUUUAGUAUAUUAUAAUUACAUUUAGUUCAUUAUAUUCUAAUUCCAGGGUUGUGCAUCAUAGAGUUAUUGAUAGAGUGCUUUAAUAACUCUGCCUGGAAUAAAUAAAACAUAAAAUAAAAGCAAAUCCUGAGGUGAAAUGGAGUAUUUACUGCUGCUCCAACACACAUCAUACAGAUAAACAGCCUUUAUAAAUACUUUUUCUGCAUUUCACUUUGUUUACCUGUAUUUGGAUUCUCAAGAUCUGAAGAUUAGUCUUGAAACUGGCUCCAUAGCACUUACUGUUUGCACUUGUUAUCUAUGGAAAAGUUAUACACAAAGUUUAUGUACAUAAAUAGUUUGUCUGAAAUUGAUUGAUUGACACAUCUGUUUUGAGGCUGAAGAAUAAAGAGCAUUGUGAAAUGAA